CGCGUGGGGCGGGCGGGGUAGGGUUGGGGUUGGGCUUGGGCUUGGGCUUGGGACCGGGGGUGCUGCCACUGGGCGGACUUGUUGCUUGGGUGGUGGCCGAGGGAUGGCGAAUGUGCGGGUGGCCGUGAGGGUCCGGCCCCUCAGCAAGAGGGAGACCAAAGAAGGAGGAAGAAUUAUUGUGGAAGUUGAUGGAAAAGUGGCAAAAAUCAGAAAUUUAAAGGUGGACAAUCGACCAGAUGGCUUUGGAGACUCCCGGGAGAAGGUUGUGGCAUUUGGCUUUGAUUACUGUUACUGGUCGGUCAACCCAGAGGAUCCUCAGUAUGCAUCUCAGGAUGUGGUUUUCCAGGAUUUGGGGACUGAAGUAUUGUCUGGAGCUGCUAAAGGCUACAACAUCUGCCUUUUUGCCUAUGGGCAGACAGGCUCUGGGAAGACAUACACCAUGCUGGGGACCCCAGCUUCUGUUGGGCUGACGCCACGGAUAUGUGAGGGUCUCUUCAUCAGGGAGAAGGACUAUGCCCCACUGCCUUCCUCUUGUAGGAUAAAAAUAAGUUUCCUGGAAAUCUAUAAUGAACGAGUACGGGAUCUGCUGAAGCAAUCUGAUCAGAAGAAGUCCUACACUCUGCGGGUCAGAGAGCAUCCAGAGAUGGGGCCUUAUGUACAAGGUUUAUCUCAACAUGUAGUUACCAACUAUAAGCAAGUAAUUCAACUCUUGGAGGAGGGAAUAGCAAACAGAAUCACAGCAGCUACUCAUGUUCACGAGGCCAGCAGCAGAUCCCAUGCCAUCUUCACUAUCUACUACACACAGGUAAUCCUGGAGAACAACCUCCCCUCUGAAAUUGCUAGCAAGAUCAACCUUGUGGACCUAGCAGGCAGUGAAAGAGCAGAUCCCAGUUACUGUAAGGACCGCAUUACUGAAGGAGCCAAUAUCAACAAGUCUCUUGUGACUCUGGGAAUUGUCAUCUCCACCUUAGCCCAGAAUUCUCAAGCAUUCAGCAGCUGCCAGAGCCUCAACAGUGCAGCCAGUGAUGGUGGUGACAGUGGGAUCCCUAGCUCUCUGUCUGGGACCAGCAGUGGAGUGGGGUCCUCCCGGAGGCAGUCUUAUAUCCCAUACCGGGACUCCGUGUUGACCUGGCUGCUGAAGGACAGUCUUGGGGGCAACUCCAAAACUAUCAUGGUUGCUACUGUGUCUCCUGCACACACUUGCUACAGUGAGACCAUGAGCACCCUGAGAUAUGCAUCCAAUGCCAAACACAUCAUCAACAAGCCACGGGUAAAUGAGGAUGCAAAUAUAAAACUGAUCAGAGAACUCAGGGAGGAGAUUGGAAGACUCAAAGCCAUGCUGCUGAGCUUCGAACUGAGAAACUACUGUCCAUUGAAUGAGGAAAAGGAUGAGAAUCUGAAGGAGUUGGUUCUCCAGAAUGAAUUGAAGAUAGACCAGCUGACUAAAGACUGGACCCAGAAGUGGAACGAGUGGAAGGCCCUCAUGGAACAUUACAGAGUGGACAUCAACAGGAGGAGGGCUGGUGUGGUCAUUGACUCCAGCCUGCCCCAUCUAAUGGCCUUGGAAGACGACGUACUCAGCACAGGUGUCGUGCUCUAUCACCUCAAGAAUCUGGUGUCUGUCGAACUUCAUCUGUCGACCAAGAAGGAGGGGACAACAAAAAUAGGAAGGAUUGACUCAGACCAGGAACAGGACAUUGUCCUACAGGGGCAAUGGAUUGAGAGAGACCACUGCACUAUCACCAGUGCCUGUGGGGUAGUCAUUCUGCGACCUGCCCGGGGGGCCCGCUGCACAGUCAAUGGCCGGGAGGUCACUGCCUCCUGUCGUUUGACCCAAGGAGCAGUCAUAACCCUGGGGAAAGCACAGAAGUUCCGAUUCAACCACCCUGCAGAAGCCGCUGUCCUGCGGCAGAGAAGGCAGGUCGGAGAGGCUCUCGGUGGCAGUGGCUCUUUGGAAUGGUUGGACUUGGAUGGAGAUGUCACCACCUCCCGGUUGGGUCUCUGCCCUUUGCUUUGGAAGAAAAGGAGAGUGCUGGAAGAGCAGAGUGACGAGGACCACCAGCCACUGAGGGCUGGAGAGGCGCCCCGCAGGGCCCAGAUUCAGCAGCAGCACUACGUGGGGGAUUUGAGGCAGCGAAUCCUAGCAGGACAGAUUAGAGCCAAGCAGGAUCUGGAGUUGGACCAGGCGCACAUCAGCCGGCAAAUUAAAGACAAGCAGGAGUGGCUCUUCAGAGAAGAAACUUGGCUAGCUGGCUUGCAGCAGCAGCAAGACCACGUGGCAGAGAAAGAACUCGAGGCCUGUGUGCCACCUGGUGCUUGGCUUCAGGCAGAUCCUGAGACUCCACUAUCCCCACUGGUCCGAAGCCGGAAGAGGGAGGUGCGACUGCAAUUUGGGUGCCGGAAAGUACUUCGGGCAGCACGGCGGGACAUCCGGCGAAGAAAGGCCUUCUUCCAGCUAGAGAGAAUCAUCAGCAAGCAGAGGCUGCUGGAGGCCCGGAAGGGACUGGAGCGGCCCACGGCAUUGUGCUGGAUCCAGGAUGACUGCACCCAAAAGCCCCCACACCGGGUACCCAGCACUGAUGCCAUGGUACCAGGGCCUCAAUGUGGAAGCAGACGGAGAGGUUGCAGUUCUUUGAGCCUCCGAAGGCUCUGCAGCCUGUACUUUCCCCACCUACACAGUAUUUUCCUGAAUCGGGAUCCCUCCACCGUGUUACCUCCUAUGCCUGAUCCUACUGACCAAAUAUCAGAAAAAAUUCCAUCAGAAGAGUAUUUGCCCCAGGCUGCUUCUUACCCUCCAAGGACAGGAUACUUCAGUAAGAAUGCCCUCUAUUCCUCAGGCAAGGGGCAUCUCUGCAUUGCUAAAGGGGCCUUGGCAAGGAAAGGAACCUCAGCGUCAGGCACCGCCCUCACUGUGAGUUCUGAAUCUACCAGCAUCCAGGAAAUGGAAAGAGUGGGUAAGCAGCCCUGUUGGAUGGUGUCCCAGAGCCUAACAUCUCUGGAUCAUUCAGCCUACAAGCUAAAGCCAAGGGAUGAGCCAGAUGCACUCACCCAUUACACCUGUACCAGGAGGGGUAGGGAACCAGCAGACCCUGACCACACACAAGCAGGGUGGCGAAAAGAAGGGAACCUUGGGACCCACAAGACUUAUAAGGGAGCCUGUUGCAUUUCCUCAUGUCCCCGUGGACCCAAACAGGCAUCUGGGCAUGGAAAGGCAGCCAAGACUUUCUGGGUGGAAUCCAAACCACCACCUCCAACCAGGGCAUCCAAAAAGCAGCAGAGGGUUAUGGUCAAAGACAUUGCCAAAAAGUCCUCCUUUUUGCUUCCUGGCAGCCCUUUGAGGGGGCAACACAUUGUGGGAGAUCCAGACUCCACAUCCUCACUCACAGAUUUCAGCCCAAGCGUGGACCACAUAAGAGAGAAAGAUGGUGAUUUAUCUGAUGCAGAUAGCAGUUACUCUGUGGAUUCUCUCUCUUGUGUCUACACCAAAGCCCUAAUGAAACCGCUAAAGCCAGAGGACCCCCAGGAGAAAGAACAGGAUCUCCCAGAGCCAGAGAACUCCGAAAGUGAGGAUGGCCAAAUAUCUGAGGACUCACUGGCUGAGAAGGGGUAUGAGAGCCCACCAGACAGCCCAAGGAGUAGUUAUCUUCCCAAUGGCCAUGGCCACCGUAGGGUCAGAGUGAGAGCCUCUGUGAGGGGCUUCACCGCAUCCUCAAACAGUGGACUAUUCACCCAAACUCAAAGGAGCUUUUCCCUGGAUAGCCUGCUUGAUGCCCAGGAGGAACUGAGGGAAGAUCAGCAAGAGGAGCCUUUCUUCAGUUCAGCGGAUGAGAUGCCCACAGAGACUUUUUGGCACCUACAGACCUCCAGUGUGCCCACAGCAGACCAGGAGGCAAUGUACAACCUUGGUCCCAUCCACCAUGGAACAGAAGCCAGGCUGGAUGCCAUCCUGCCAGCGAGCAGUUCAUUUUACCUUGGGCCCCCGCCCCAGCCCCGCUGUGAGCAACCUGAGUCAGAGAUGGAGGCAAGCUCCCCUGAACAGGCAAAUGUACUCCAAGGCCUGCAGCUUUCAAGAGGGAGCCCUCUGUUGUCCAUGGAUUCCUGGUUUUCCUGUGACUCUAAGAUCAAUUCCAGCAGCCCCUCAGGAAUAGUGGGUUCUUUAUGUCCAAGUCCUGAGGUCCAGGAAUCUCAGCCCUGUGGAUGGGAGAAGCCUGGACAUUGGCAAAAUAUGGAAGAACUAAAGCCACCAGGGGCAGAAACACUCCUGCCCUACAGCUCCAAACUGCCCCGAGGUGGUGCUGAGCUGCCCGGCCAUGUAAGCAGCAUGUACGCAAUCCCUGCUUCUGAUACUUCUAGGCUGUCACUCUGGGGGUCUUACAGGAUUCUUCAGCCACGAGUUGCUGGCAUCUUUCGGACCAAAGGUAUCUCUGACACAGCCCAGGAGGCCAACCCUGAAGUAUCCAACAAGUCCAGUGUGCCAAGCGUUUUGGCUGCCUCUGUGGCCUCAUUCACUCAUGUAGGCAGCGCCCAGGAGAGGGACUGGGCUGCCCUUCAGCAAAAGUACCUCCUUGAACUGUCCCAUCCUGUGUUGGAGGCUGUUAGAGAAUCCAGGACAGCUUUCUCCUCCCUCGAAGAAGACUCUGUCUCCUUGACCCAAGCUUCUGGCAAAGAAACAGAUACUCUAUUGCCAGUUGGUUCUGGGGUAUCAAGUAGUCUGGAUUUCAACAACCUUCCUAUCCAUUUAUCCAAAAUUAGAUGUUUGAGAGCAGAGAAAGAACAGGACAGUUUGAGUGCUGAGUUAAAAGGGACUUCAGAUUCCUUUAUAACUAGAGAGAAAGAGGUGAGUCAUAGUGGAACUUACUCAGCCGAUAUAGAAUCAUUGACUUCUGGAACUACAAAUGCACCAGUCUUUGCAGCAAACAAGAUAGCAAACUCUAUGACUGACGCAUGUGAAGCCAAGCAGAACAGCUUGGAAGAGUCUUCUCACAGUAGUGGGAAACCUCAACUGAUCACUUCCUCUGAUGAAUACUUUUUCCAGAGGAGCCCUUGUCAUGGUCAUGUCUCCAUAGCCACUAAAAACCACUCGCCCCAGGGCUGGGGUUCUCUUAGGGAGAAUAGUGCAGGCCAGGAGGGGCAGUUCAGUCCCAGUGGCUACCCAUGCCUUCAGGAAGAGAAGGUAGACUAUCAGGAGAGCUCCAGGGAAGUGGUUGGAAGACACCCAAGCAUUUCAUUUGCGUCAGGUCCAAAGCGGUACCCUCACUCUGCCACCUGGAAUCCAUUCCUGUCUUCCUUAAAGCCACCUCCCUUGGAGACAUUCUAUGUGACCAAAAGCCGGGAUGCCCUGACGGAAACUGCCUUAGAGAUCCCGGCUUGCAGAGAAUCAAGAGUGCCUUCCCCACCCCCAAGAGAAGCCUGGGGCUUUGGUCAUGACCAUCAGGUUCUCCAAAAUAUUUAUUUGAAGAAUAAUUGGCCAGUGCUAUUACAAAACCAGAAUUCCAAGAUUGCCUCAUCUCAGCAGGUUACAACAGGGAGGCCAUUUGAUCUGAACACCAAGGAAGUUAGCAGAGAAAGAGGGCAGGGCCCUGGAAAUAUUGAAGAAGAAAGCCAUAAUUCAGUUUAUUUUUUUGUUGCUCAGAACAGACAUUUUCUUUCAUCUACUAGCACAGGAGUAUGUGAAUUUGAAAAUCAAGUUGAAAUUUUAAAUGAGCACAGCCUUUCAGAGCACAAGGAGGGAGAAAAGGCCACUGUACAGUCCUACUGCAAUGUUUGCUCAAGCCGUUCUAGGUCUAGGAAGCCUCUCCUUAUUUGUGAGUCUGAGGCAGAUGAGGAAGAAGAGCAGGAUCACGAUGUAGUCCUAAGGCAGACUCAGGCCUUUGAUAUGAACAGACAGUUUCCUUCUGGGGCCAGGUCCGAUUUCAUCUAUGAAACCAUCAAUUUAGCCCUUGACAAGGACAUGCUGGGGGAAACUGCUAUUUCUUUGCAGUCCAGAUCAGUACAUCAUAGAGUAAGUAGCCCAAACAUGAUGGCCCCGGAUGAGAGUCUAGCUCACAAGGCUGAGAGGAAGAAUGAAUCUGGGCUUCUUGGGAAAGCUCUCUAUUCCAAAGGCCACUCAAAAGAGUUUAAGCUUCCACAGACAGAGUCUACAUAUGAAAGAUUCCAGUCAGUUACAUGCUCUCAGGAAAAAAACCUGAGUGAAUGUAAGGGCCCUGGAAGGUCACAAGUAAUGUUAAGCCCUAAAGAAGAACCAUCUGGAAAGAAACAAAAUAAAAGAGUCAACAAUGCUGAUGAAAUGGCCAGGCUAAUCAGGAGUGUAAUGCAGCUGGAAAGUGGCAUCUUGGAAAUUGAAUCCAAGCAGAAUAACAAGCCAAAUGCUUCUCACUCACCGGGAGUCAAAAAAGAGUUUGUGUUCCAGGACCGGAGGGACCAGGAGAUGGCUGACUAUGUCCUGAGGCCAGGCAGCUUUGGAAACCACAUGUUUUUGAAGGAUCAACCAUCUCCAAAACAGAGAGAUGAUGUUACCUUUAGGAAUAACACAGCUGGAGAAAUGGAGGUUAACAGUAGCAUUGGGAAAGGUCCCUGGGUCGAGAAAACCACCUUGUACCCCUUCAAGUCAAGAGAAUGUGUAGAAGACAAGUUUGCGAAAGAGCACACUCUCCUAACUGUAUUAGACACACCCUCCCAGGACACAUUUGGUGAUGUAGGGACAUGUACAGCUGGUAGAGUGUUCGCAGGCAUUUGUGCUGAUCCAAGAACCAAGGCAUUGGCUGGUGCUCUGCCAUUGCAGCUGAGCCCCAAGAUGUCUUCUAAGAAGGAGGCCAAAGCAGGGGAUGCAUCUGCAAGCUCCAGAGGACAGCCCUGUGGCUUGGGAAGUCUUGAGGAACUGGAAGCUGUGGAAAGUUUUUGGGAAAGCCAAGUUGCCAAAUGUAUAAGUAGUUGUAAGCAAGAGGAACCCAAAGUUCAAGGCAGAGUUGAGGAGAUGGCUGUGCGAAGUGGAGGGAGCCUACAGGAGGAAAACACAGUGAUCUUGUCAACUCAGAAACUUUGUAGCCCAAGCUGGCAUUGUAUGGGUAUAUCUUCCAGCCAGGAGAUUGGCCCAUUGCUGAGUCGGCAAGACUCCUCUGCAGUUCCUCAUGGAGACCUGAGCAGUACCUUGUCCUUGAAUUGUCCAAGGCUGCCAAGAGACUGUCUUCAUGCACGUGAUACUGUAGGCAUCUCUUCAGUUGACUAUGUGCUGGAUCCCACAAUGUUGAAAAUGCCUGACAGUGCCUUGGUAACUGGAGCAGGGUGUCAGAAUCUGAGUGGAGAGCUCCAAAGCCACAGUCCCCAGGGAGAUGUUAGAGGGGGCUCCUCCUUGGCACACUCUGCUUGGUGUGGGUCUGUGACAUCCACAGCCAUGGAAUCUCAUGGUCAAUCCCAUGUAUCAGAGAGCAUUCCCCUGCUGGCAGAGGGCCACAGAUCAGCAAUUACCCAAGACCAAGGAGAGGACCUCAGAAGCAUCUCAAUGGGCUUGAGUCCCAGAGAGGGUUUUGUUUCUGAAGCUGAGGCAGCUGUACAAAGAGGAACAGAAAGAACCAGUUCCCUGAAUAGGGUCUCUAGCCCACUUGAACAGAAGGCCCACUGCGUCUUAGAAGAGGGUAACAGGCAAGGCCAGCAGGUGAGGCAGAAGGCAGAGAAGGAGGCUGAAGACCUCAGUUCUCCUAGUGGCCCUUUCUCAGCACCUGUGUCCCUGCCAAGGGUGCCUCACCCACAGCACUGUGCUCAUACUUCCACGGGCCAUGCUAUGUUGGAGAUCAGACAAGCAAAGGCCCAGGGAAAGCAGCUUCAUGACUUUGGGGCUGAGGACAAAAUUCUUUCUUACUAUCAGACUUCAUUAGGACCUGAAUGUUCUUCAGGGCCCCCAGGUGGGUCUCAGUGUCCACAAAGGGACCAGUUAGUGUCAGACAGGACCGGGAAUGAGGCUGAAGCACAAGGAUUUCAUGUGGCAUCUCUCUCUGCUACAUCAGGACAUCUGUUGACUAAUGAGAGGGAAGUUCCUCAGGCCACACCCCUCCCUGCAGACAGCUUUCAACAUCCACCCAACAUGGAGACUAAAACAGGGCCCUGGCGUCCCUCACAGACUUCUUCCCAUGCAGCCCCAACUCUAGGCAAAAGCCAUUGUGCUGGAGAACUGAGACAUUUUCUGGGAACUGGUGAACGGUUUCUGUGUCACUCUUGUUCUGAAAUCACAGAGAAAAAGAAGAAAGCACCCCGAACACCUUCCUCUUCUGAUCCUGUGGGCUCAGGCAGCUUUCCGUCAACAGUUAUGGAGGACAGGAGGGAAAUAUCAGAGGAAGUAGUGGCUCCCUUUUCUUGGGCCCCUAAUGACGACCCUGGCAUGAUUUCGCACGGGGGAAACCAGUUAGCUCCGUGGGAGACUGCAGGGGCCGUGCGCCCUGGUGGUCAGGAGUGCAGCUCAGUGCAUCAAGAUCCUAGAAUUCUAGAUACCACUUGUGGAGGAGGUUCAGGUAAUUUUUUAGUGGCUGCACAGGGAGGAAAAACAACCUAUUUUGAAAGUCAGCUUGUGACCUGUGAUGUUCAGAAUUCUGUCAGCCUCUCAGUGCAUACCCUGGACCACUCCCAAUGCCUUGAGGCUUCCACUGACUUAGAAGAAGGGGGGUCAAAUCCCAGACAGGCUACCAUCCUGUCUAGAGUCCUGAGGAGUGUUGCACCAGAAGCUGCCUCGCAGCAGUGUGUGAAGUGGAAGGAGAAUGUUGGUUGUGGGCUGCCAGAAGCCCACAGUGCUGGCAGCGAGCAUCCCAGACUGACUCCAUUGCCAGAUCAAAGACCUAGUUUGGGUCCUGGGGGAGUUCAGGAGCAGGCCCAGUGCAGGUGCCCACAGCAGACUUCCUUUUGUGUUGUCUUCUUAGGGAACACUGAAAGCAGCAGGACUCUUAGUGCAUCUGGGGGACAGGAAGACAGCAGAACAACUCCUUGCAAUCCUCAACCUGUCACUUCUCUUGCCUGUUUCUCACUACCCUCCACUUUACCAUGUCAUAGGGAUGGUGACCUGGGAAAGGAGAGUUCCAAGGCUGCCCCACAAACUCUCCAGCCACCCUGCAUAGUGCCUUCCAGAGCCUGUGGAAUGGAUGAGAGAGGAGAGAGCUAUGCUGGGGAACUUGAAGUGCUCUUGGCACCUGGUCUUGAGCCCAAAGGCAUUCAUAGAGAAAUAGGGCCAACAGACAGCAGCACUCUGGAGCCUUCUACUUCUGCUGCUGUCCUAUCUAUGGCUCAAGGGGACAGCUCCCCUUCUGUAUCUCAUGUUGGGGCAAAUUCACUGAGCCACUCAGUGGCUGAUGGAAGCUCAAGGUUGGUAGAGUAUCCUGAGAAAAAGGAUGCCGAGAAGAAAGCCAGCACAGAGCUUGAGGCUACCUUUUCCUCUGCAGGCACAUGGUCUGAGCCCCUGAGGAUGUUUCUGGACAGCUCUGGAGGUGACCAGAGUAAACAAGAGUCUCAAACCAAACCAGAACCACCUUUAACGACUGAGAGACCACACACCCUGGAUUUAAGUGAAGGGUCUGUUGAGAGUGAGCUUCUGGGGGAACCACAGCAUGGAUAUUUAGGAAAUGCAAUCCAAUGCCUUCCAGAAAAGCCACAACUUUCCACUAAGUCCAGAGAUCACAGUGGCUUGGAUCCCCAAGCCACGUUUGUAGCAAAGUUAAAACACAUCUGCAGGCAGCAAGCUGAUGGGCCCUGGGAGGAGGAAGAGCAGCAGAGAGAUCAGGCUUCAGGUUGUGGUAAAGAGCCUGUCCAGGGCAGGAAUUCUCAGCCUUCUCAUGAAGUUGGCUUAGACAGCUGUCAGAUUAGAGAUGCAGGCAGAGAGGAGGCAUGUGUAGCCAAGGCCUCUGUGUCUAAGCUCUCAUCGGGCUUCAAUGACUCAACUAGCAUGCCUUUGGAGCAAAGUGAAGCCCCACAGCCCACACCCCCGAGCCCUGGCCUGCCUGCCUCUGGCACAGAGCAGCCGGCUCCCCCCAGCAGGGGCUCACUUCCUGUGAUUGCAGUCGUCUCUGGCCCCAAACACUCUAGGUCCUCCCUCAGACCACAGUUCUCUGUGGUCAGCUCUUCCCGGUCUCUUCUGGAGCUGAACAUGAGUGUGGAGCCUCCUUCCCCCACAGAUGAAUAUACACAGGAGCCUAACAGAUUGUGGUUUCCACAUACCAGGGACUAUUUCUCAGGUAAUUCAGCAGUGAGAACAUCUCUGAAAGCUGAGGGCUGUGGUCAGAGAGCCCCAUCUAACUUGGACAAUAGCACUGCUGACCACGGGCCCCCCAAACCUGCCACCCCUCCUUACCCAAGGUCAUCAGCUCUCUCUUGCAUGCCAACCCCUGAUUUCAUGACCAGUUGGACAUCUAGUACCCUGGAAGAGACCUGGCAGGAAAGUCCAGAGAGACUGGGUAGCCAGGCCAGGCCAGAAAAGUGGCACUCUAAGGCAGACAAAGGAAUGUUACACUUUGACUCCAGUGACAUCCAUCCCUACAUCCUAUCCUAUCCAGAGGGGCCUGUGCAGAUCGGCUGGAAGCAGUAUGUAUUUGGCAAUGCAGUGGAUGUCUCCUCUGGCCAGACACCCCAGAGCCUGAUACCAUCAAACAUGGCCCAUUGUUCAAGCAUGGACAAUGGUCUAGAACACCAGAACUCUCCACUCUCCUCCCACCUCAGCACCUCUGCCAAUGCCCGGGACCUGUCGAGCCCACACAGUGUGGGAAAUGCCCAGGGUUCACGUGAGGCCUGGGAAGUAUGGGGCUCCUCAUUUGCUUUGGGGAACCUCCACAUUCUGAAGAGCCCUGAGGAAGCAACCGCCAGUAAGGGUCCUGACAAGAGAGCGCAGUUCCUGGGAACCCCUGAUGAAGCAGGCUGGCUGAGGAGGGAGCCUCUCUUGGCUGAAGGGAGUGCUGCAGGUUCAGUAGAUGAGAUUACGCUGCUGUGUCCAUCAGAGGCAGGUGGUCCUGUGGGACCGUCCAGGAUGGGCACCUUGGAGCAGGGCACACAGACCAUGGGGUGCAGUCUCCGCUGGAGCUCCACCGACCUCUCUGCUCAGCCAGAAGCCAAUGCAGUGCCAGGCUCUGGUCUGGUCUCCUGGACCAGCAUGCAUAAUCUGUCUCUCCACCUCUCACAACUGCUGCACAGCACCUCAGAGCUGUUGGGAAGUCUUUCCCAGCCAGGUGUGGCUGAAAAGGAACAGAACAUCAAGAGGGAGAUCCCAGAUGAGGUGACACAGGCCCUUAUGAUAGACGGCUGUACUCAGACCACCAUGGACAAGGGCAUCCAAACUGACCUGGCCUUACCACCUCUGCACCUUCAGGCCCCAGAGGCCAACCCUCAGGAGGUCAACGUGGUCCUCGAAGUGCUGGGCUCAGAUAUUCCCACCAUGUCUCAAGAGCAGGGCUGUGUCACAGGGAUACUUCAGAAGACAAAGGCAGAGGAAACGACAUGGAAAAUGGCAGCGCCUUCAGAACUUCAGGAAGAAAGCACUCACUGCAGGCCCCAGAGCCUUCCGGCACCCCCGUUAUCCCACUUGAGGUUUCAGAAAGCUCACUUUGGGCAGAACCUCCCUUCUGUGAGCCCUCAGGCUUCUCCUGAUGACUCCCUACCUCCCAGUUCCCAGCCAGAGGAUCCCUCCUGCCUGGCUAUUGGUAGCCUGAGCCUCAGUGGCUCCCAAUCCCCAGAGCCCUGCCCCAGUGCUGUGGAGUCUGUCAGGGAUCCUAAGGUCAAGAAGGAGCUGGGCACCAUGGGAAUGUUGUUGGUGGACAGGGCCUCCUCCCCAAUCCUCACGCUUAGUGCCAGCACCCAGGGGUUAGGGCUCCCCGCAGACUCUUUGUCACUCACAGCCCCCUCAGCAUGUCCUUUUGAAGGCCACCAGGAGCUUGUCUCCAGCCCAGACCUCCUUGACACCUCCAGGCCUCUAGUGGAUAAUCAUUCUCAAAGCACUGAUGAGGCAGGUGGCUCCCAGCAAGUGGGGAUUCCAUGUGGGGAAGGCAAGAAUCCCUUAGAAAGGAGCGAUGGCAGGUCAUUCCUUGAGAUGAGCCCCCCAGGCAGCCCACCGCAGAGCCCAAAACUCCCAGUGUGUUUCUUAGGGCAACUGCCUCAGCAGCUUCAGCCCAGGACCACCACCUUGGUCCAAAGAGAACUGCCAACACCCUCACUGAGGAGCACAAGUCAGAGGCUGGCUGAUGGCUUUGUGCCAGAGGACCUGGCUUCCUUAGAGGACAGCCUAGUGAGCAGUAGGGGGCCAAGUCAAUGGGAGAGCAAGACAGAAAAUGGAGGUGAGGGUCCAGCAUUACCAGUGGAGCCACAGCCCAGUCUGGACUUUCCAUCUUCAAGGGGAGGCCUCCAGCCCCUCAGCCCCUGCCCUGUCUCCGAGUUUACUGAUAGAACAGGGCUCCAGGCUUCCACUUUGGGCCCAACUGAGGUCUGCCAAUCUGAGGUGCUGCUGUGCCCUACUUCCCAGGUGUGCAGGGCCCCUGACCCCCAGCAUCAUGGCCCGAAGGACUUCCCAGUGCAUAACAAAUUUCCUCGUUGGUGUGGGGUUCAGAAUGGCUCUCCUGGGGAGCUAGGUGUGAUGGAGUCACUGGAGAUCAGAUGUGAUCUGAGCUCUGGAGAGCAGGGACAGAAGCCCCUACAGCCUCCUGAUGACCAGAGCCGGGAUCCUCAGUUGUCCCAGCGGGAUCGGAUCCCCCUGCAAUCUGGGGCCCAGAACCUCUCACUCAGCAUGGAACUCACAGAAGCAAAACUGCACCGCGGCUUUGGGGAGGCAGAUGCCCUGCUGCAGGUGCUGCAGAGUGGGACAGGGGAGGCGCUCACUGCUGAAGAGCCUGUGCGGUCCACCUGGGAGGAGCUCUAUGCCCGGCAAAAACAAACGAUUGAGACCCUCCGGAGAGAAAGGGCUGAACGACUUCAGAACUUCCACUGGACACGGAGCCUCCAGCCCAACAGGGAUCUCCCCACCCGGGACCCCGACCUACCCAGCAGGCGCCGAGAAUACCUGCAGCAACUGAGGAAGGAUGUUGUGGAGACCACCAGGAGCCCAGGGUCGGCAUCACGGUCUGCUCACCCCGCCUCUGACAUAGCACUGAUGCUGCAAGAAUACCAGCGUGCUCGCGAGGAGGCCAAGGUGGAGAUUGCCCGGGCCCGGGCCCGGCUACGGGAACGGACUGAGCAGGAGAAGCUGAGAAUCCGCCAGCAGAUCAUCUCCCAGCUGCUGAGGGAAGAAGAAAAGCUGCAUACCCUGGCCACGUCCAACUCCCUGUGUACCAGCUCCAAUGGAAGCCUCUCCUCUGGUGUUACUUCUGGCUACAAUAGCAGCACAGCCUUGCCAGACCAGCUCCAGUCCCCAGACAGUGUGGGGGACAUAAACUUGCCUGAUUCCAGUGACUCCUGGAUAGGGGAUGUUCGGGGCAGUUCCACAGUGAGGAACAGUCACCUGAGUCUGGCUGGGUCCACCUGGAAGAGCUUAGCUUACAGCCACAGAACCUCCCUGGGCAGCUGCUGCUGUUCUCCAUCCAGCCUCUCCAGCCUGGGGACCUGCUUCUCCUCCUCCUAUCAGGACUUGGCCAAGCACAUCAUAGACCUCUCUGUUGCUGAUGUGAUGGCUGCUUGCUCAGAUAAUCUGCACAACCUUUUCAGCGGCCAGGCAGCAGCUGGCUGGAACUAUCAGGGUGAGGAGCAGGAGGUCCAGCUUUACUACAAGAUGUUUUCUUCUACUCGGCAUGGCUUCCUGGGGGCAAGCGUGGUGUCCCAGCCACUGUCUCAUGUGUGGGCAGCUGUGAGUGAUCCGACCCUGUGGCCACUGUACCACAAGCCCAUCCAGACAGCAAGGCUGCAUCAGCGUGUGACCAACAGCAUCAACCUGGUAUACUUGGUGUGCAAUACCACCCUGUGUGGCCUGAAGCAGCCCCGGGAUUUCUGCUGCGUCUGCGUGGAAGCCAAAGAGGUGCCUGUCUUGCUGAUGGGGCACCUGUCUGUCAUGGCAGCUCAGUCUGUUUAUGAUACAUCCAUGCCGAGACCCAGGAGGGAGAUGGUCCGAGGGGAGAUCCUGCCUAGUGCCUGGGUUCUACAGCCUGUCACUGUGGAAGGAAAGGAGAUCACCAGAGUCAUCUACUUGGCCCAGGUAGAACUUGGCGCACCAGGCUUUCCCCAUCAGCUCCUGAGCUCCUUCAUCAAACAGCAGCCGCUGGUGAUAGCCAGACUGGCUUCCUUCCUUGGUAGUUAGCAUCAUACCGUCAAGAUGGUGCUGCAGAGCCGCAGGCCCAGGAUGCGCCAGUGACACUAGGGUGGCUCUCAUCACUCUGUCCUGGGAUGCAAGGAGAGGCAAGGCUACCAGCUGUGGCUGACCAAGCAGAUAGCACUCAGAGUGGCCAGCAAAGCCCCAGCAGUACUUGGGUCACAGCUGCGUCCUCUGCAGAGCGAGGGGACCUGAGCUUUUGGCCCUGGCUGGCCAGAGUGAAUGAAGCUCAACUCACUGUUUUGGACUCCUUACCUUUCUUUCCUGCCCCUGGGACCCGGUGGCAGACAAGUUGCUUGAAGACCAGGAUUGGACGCAGCCAGCAGAACUGGGGAAGGGCGGGUCUCUGGCACCAUGCUUCCUGGCUCUGGCCCAGCCCUCGGGCAGGGAGGGAAGCAAGCAGCCAUUGGCCAGGACUGCUCGGAAUCUGCCUCCAGUGUUCAACUCCACUGCGGGAUGGAGUGUUAGAAAAUAGCAAACCAGAAAAAGGGUUUAAAAAAACAGCUGCACAAACCACAACAGUGUUUCAGAAUUGUUUCUCCUUUGGUUUUUUACAAAAUGCCUUAUUAUUAAUUUUUGUAUUUUCCCCCCUUUCCUUUCCCUCACAGGAGAGGACAUUUGGGUCUUUGCCUCAUUCAAAGUAUUGAGCAAUGCUCAGUCUUGGAGCCAUCACUCCAGAGCUCAAAUGGGAAGACCACUGUAGAAGCAGGUUGGACAGAUUUGGAGUCAUGAAGGGGAAUCUAGGUCUUUGAGGAGGGGUAGGGAUGAGCAGCUAGUUGUUGGCUGCUAUCCACACAAGAGGAAUUUUAAAAAGCUGAAAAGUUGCUUUUUGAAGACUGGAGAGAAGAUACUAGAACUCCUAGAGGAAGUACAUGACUUGUUAGGAGGAAACUCAGUUCCAUUCCUCACCUCCCUCAGGGCCUUGGUGCCAGCCUUCAGUGGUCUCUUGGGCAUCCUGCUACUGGGGUAGGAUGGGCUAUUCUAGGAGGGGCUGGGAAUGGGCUUGGUUUUCUUGUACCUCAGCCUGGCUGAACUUGAGCUUUGAGUUUGCCAUAUGGUGAUGUGGAAGUGGUUGGGGUGGGAGAGAGUCCCACCUUCCAUUCUGGUGCCCAGAGUCUUUGGUGGAAGAGGGCGACCAUAUGGGGUUGGAAAAGAUGUGGUGAAAAGUUUCCUGUAUGGUACAGUGCAGAGAUUUCUUUAGAAGUGUUCGCAGGAUUUUCUUUUUCUUUUACCUCAGAUUGUUAUUUAUGUAAAACUGAAGGCUUUUUAAAUUGCCUUUAAGUGUAUUUUUCUGGUUAAUUUUUUUUUGUAUAUUUAACACCCUAUUUAUGUACUCCCAUCUCUGUUCAUUGAUUGAAAGAGUAUACUUGUAAAUUA